AAUCCUUGGUUUGAUCAUUUAUUGCCGGCACUGGGAAUUGCAAAUUACUGUAAAUUAGGUGCAUGGCCUUGAUAUUGGCCUAAAUAUGGCCUUGACGUGAAUCAUACUGCUGAAUUAGAACUCUGUCUCUGAGUGCACUCAAACACUGUAUCAAGGCCAUCUAUAGAGCACUGAGUAAGCACGUAAGAAGCACGUAAGCACCAGGGACCGGUCCGCACCGGUCGCCGCCUCAGACCAGAACCAGACCAGACCCGGCCACCCCAGCGGCCCGACCUCGGGCCAGUCACGGUCACGUGACUAGCGCCCGCGGCGCACACCAAGCCCCAACUCGGCGGCCAGCGCGCCGCCAGCCGGCCAACCGACCUGCUCACUAUAACUAUAAUCAACAACCUCUACAGAUAUAUUCGCGAAAAAAAAAACUGAAGGGGAGCGUUAAAACGCCCCCCAGCACCGAGCACGGUGCGUGUUAACUUGAGGCUGCUAAAUGCGUCAUUUUUAUGUCCCGUUAAGGUUGUGAUUGUGAUCACUGAGUCGCGAGUUUAUGACUUCCUAGGAGUGCUCCUCUAUAGAUGGCCUUGAAAGCUACCUGUGGAAAAGGGCCAAAAAGGGUUCAACCCCAGGCUUGGGUCAGCAAGUGAAGCGUUAUUAGUUACAAGUGGAGUAAAAAUGCGGAAAGUCUUGAUGGUAGCCGAAAAGCCAUCUUUGGCGUCCUCGAUCUCAGCUAUUCUAAGUAACGGACAAGCUUCUUCAAGGAAAGGCCGCAACGGAGCCUGCCACGUGCACGAGUGGAAUGGCUCGUUCAGGGGAGAGCCGGUCCGUUUCCGGAUGACGUCCGUCUGCGGCCACGUCAUGUCGCUCGACUUUAUCGGAAAAUACAACAGCUGGGAGCGCGUGGACCCGGCGGAGCUCUUCUCGGCCACCACCGAGAAGAAGGAAGCCACGCCGAAACUGCGAAUGCCUGAGUUUCUGGCGAGCGAGGCGGUCGGCUGCGACUACCUGGUGCUCUGGCUCGACUGCGACAAGGAAGGCGAGAACAUCUGCUUCGAGGUGCUGGCCGCUGUGCAGAGCAGCAUGAGCCGCCCUCCCCCGGACAGACAAACCAUCUUCCGGGCCCGCUUCUCAGCCAUCACCGACCGCGACAUCCGUGCCGCCAUGAGCAGCCUGGUGGAGCCCGACGAGAACGCGGCGCGCAGCGUCGACGCCCGCCAAGAGCUGGACCUGCGUGUGGGCUGUGCGUUCACACGCUUCCAGACCCGGCUCUUCCAGGGCAAAUAUGGUGACCUGGACUCGACGCUGAUCUCGUACGGCCCGUGUCAGACGCCAACGCUCGGUUUCUGCGUGGAGCGCCAUGACCAGAUCCAGUCCUUCCAGCCCGAGCAGUACUGGAAAUUGGCGCUCACCUGUGACGUGGACGGCGGCCAGCAGAUCGACUUCGAGUGGGCCCGCGUGCGCUGCUUCGAUAAAGAGGUGGCUUCCAUGUUCCUCAACCAGAUCAAAGAUAUCAAGUCAACAGUCGUUGACAGCGUUGUAAGCAAGGAGAAGGCGAAGGCACGGCCCCAGGCGCUCAACACGGUGGAAUUGAUGCGGGUUGCCUCGUCGGGCCUCAACAUGAGCCCCCACUACGCCAUGCAGAUCGCCGAGCGGCUCUACACGCAGGGCUACAUCAGCUACCCGCGCACAGAGACCACCCAGUACCCAGAGAACUUUGACCUGCUUGGCGCCGUGCGCCAGCAGCGCGACAGCGCCGUCUGGGGCGAGCAGGUGCGCGCCCUGCUGGAGGCCGGCCUGCGGCAACCUCGCCGCGGCGUCGACGCCGGCGACCACCCGCCCAUCACACCGAUGCGCCUGGCCAGCCGCCACACGCUGGACGACGACAGCUGGAGGAUCUACGACUACGUGGUGCGCCAUUUUAUCGCGACGGUGCACCGAGACUGUUCGUACCUGAGCACCACAGUGACGGUGCGGCUGGGCGGCCAGCAGUUCACCGCCACCGGCGCGCGGCUGCUGGACGCCGGCUUCACAGAGCUGAUGGACUGGCUGGCCGUGGGGCGGGCCGAGCCGCUGCCCCAACUGGCGCCCGCAGACCUGCUCAACGUCAGCGCCCUAGCUCUGACGGACCACUACACCUCGCCACCGGGCUACUUGACCGAGGCCGAGCUCAUCACGCUGAUGGAGAAGCACGGCAUUGGCACCGACGCCUCGAUCCCAGUCCACAUCAACAACAUCGGCCUGCGCAACUAUGUAACUGUGGAGGCGGGCCGCCGGUUGGUGCCCACCACACUGGGCAACACGCUGGUGCACGGCUACCAGAAGAUCGAUCCGGACCUGGUACUGCCCACGAUGCGCUCGGCCGUGGAGCAGCAGCUGAACCUGAUCGCGCUGGGGAAGGCCGACUUCCACUCUGUGCUCACUCACACGCUAAAUAUAUUCAAACAAAAGUUCCACUUUUUCGUCAAGAACAUCAGCUACAUGGACCAGCUCUUCGAGGACUCGUUUUCGCCGUUGGCCUCCUCUGGAAAGCCGUUGUCCAGGUGCGGUCGGUGUCGGCGCUACAUGAGACUGGUGGAGAGCCGGCCGCAGCGACUGCACUGCCAGCAGUGCGGCCACACGCUGGCCCUUCCCGCCGACGGCCUGGUCCGCGUCUACAACGAGAGCAAGUGCCCACUGGACGAGUUCGAGCUGGUCGUCUGGUCCGGUGGCAAGAAGGGUCGCAGCUUCGUGCUAUGUCCGUACUGUUACAACCAUCCGCCGUUCCCCGACAUGGGCAAGGGCUCGGGCUGCAACAGCUGCUCUCACCCGUCCUGCCGGCACGGUGUGAGCCAGACGGGUGUGUCGGCGUGCAGCUGCUGCGAGCGCGGCGUGCUGACGCUCGACCCCUCCUCGGCACCGCGCUGGAAACUCGUCUGCAACAGGUGUGACGUCGUUGUCAGCGCGUUCGACCAGGCGUCGCUGGUGGCAGUGAUGCCGGACGUCUGCGAACAGUGCGGCGCCUACCUCGUCCGAGUCGAGUACAGACCGGAGAAGUCGCGGCUGCCGAACAAGGCUGCACAGCUGACUGGCUGCGCGUUCUGUACUGCGGGGCUGACGCAGCUGGUACAGCUGAAACACGCCCAGCGCAGUGGUGGCCGGCCGCGCGGCGGACAGCGAGGUCGCGGCCGCGGCGGCGGGCCCGACCAGCCGCGCCGUGACAAGAUGGCCGAGCUGGCCGCCUUCUUCAUGUGAUGUGUGAUGCCCAAGUGGCUGAUCUACGGGGCAGUGGCACUGAGAGCCCGGUCCAGCACCCCGGGCGGCCCGGCCGGCGCACCGGCCUCUGGCCAAGUGCACCGACAAAAAAGUCCUCCAUCGUGGCGUGAACCAUUGCUUGAUUAUGGUGGUUGCUAGUUACCAAGUAAGUUAUGGUAAUUAGCAAGCAAGACCGGUUAGCAUGGAAAAUCUGUGAGAAGCUACACAUGCUCUGAACUGUAUGUGACCAUAACUGUAUGUGAUUUACAUGUGUACGAUGCAUGUUUUUUUGUUGGUUGACCCACUAACGGAAUUGAACCCAUAUGCUUUGCAAUAAAACUACUAUUUAUUUCAA